UUCGCUAAAAUUUGAGUUUUUCAACUGCAGCACCCUUUUCCAUAGCAUUGUGAGGUGCAUCUAAGCAUUCCCUGUUCUUCCAUCCACCUUAGAGAGAGAGAGAGGAAGAGAGAGAGAGAGAGUUGAUAUAUCCAUCAAGCUUCCAAGGGUUCAGUUGGUCGCAAAUCAGAAACAGUUGCCCUGCCCUGCUUCUUCUCGUGAAGCCUGGCAUUUUCUCAGAAUCAGCAUUAGGUGCUUAUUCACGCUUCAAGGAAGACAACAUUGGGAGCUCUUUCACAGAUGUUUUCAUUGAUUCAUUUUGCAAGACCAACUUAGAGGAAACCUCAGACAUUUCCAGUGAUGAAUAUGAAGGGCAGCAAUAUCAAAAGGGGACUCCUUGAGACCUCAGCUCUGAGAAGGAAGGAUGGAGUGAGUUCUUCUGGCUUGCAGAAGAGAAUGGAAACUCCUUCAACACCUGGAAGACCAGUGUUUAAGUUUAGCGUUGGAAAUUUCUCAAGAAAAAGUGUUCCUUCAAAAUGGGAAGAUGCAGAGAAAUGGUUGAUGAGUGGUUCCUGCCAUGAAUCACCAGCACAUGGGAGCAAACCUUCCGAAAUGACCAAACUUGCCAGGCAAAAUGUAGCUCUUCAGCGAAAAGCUGGCGCCUUUGAUCAGGAAUUUGGAGAGAAGCUCAGGAUUAGUGAAGGCAUUGUUAGCAAUGUCCCAGUUUCAAGCGUUGAUGGGCCUGGAGUUGGUCUCAUCUUAAACGAAGAUUUUCAUGGAUUCUCAUCCGAAAUCCUUCUCAAAGAUACAUUUACAGAUAUAAAACAGCCAGUUUUGUUGAAUUUUCGAUACCCUGAUCCAUCAACGGAAGAAUUUUUUUUCAAAGACUCCUACUGUGAAACAGUAGAAAAUUCUGCACCUGAAGCAAUUGCAGAGGUUCAUCGUCGAGACGUCGGGACCGAAAUGACUCCUCUUGGAAGCUCUAAAAGCUCAAGGUGCCACACUCCCAUGAAGAGCUCUUCCCCAGCCAGGCACAAUACUCCAGCUGAUAGAUCUGGUCCUUUGGUGAUUUCUAACUCCAGAAUUAAUAUCUCUGAUCUCAAAGAUUGCCAUUUUGCUAAGCUCAAGCUCAGCGCUCAGUAUGGUUCUGUGGUUUCUUAUUGGGGCUCGAGAGAAGAGGAAGAGGAGGAGGUGUCGAAGAGUUUGAGAUAUUCUGAGGUGAGUGAUGGAAGGAAGAGUAUAGCUGAACACAGAGCUUGUCUUUGGGAAGAAGAUGAGAGGACCAAGAGCUGUAUAAGGUAUCAGAGAGAAGAAGCAAAGAUCCAAGCAUGGGUGAACCUUCAAACAGCAAAGGCAGAAGCACAAUCUAGAAAACUUGAGGUGAAGAUUCAGAAGAUGAGAUCAAACUUAGAAGAGAAGCUGAUGAAGAAAAUGGCCAUCGUUCAUCGGAGAGCUCAGGAAUGGAGAGCUUCCGCUCAGCUGCAUCACUCGCAGCAGAUUUUCAGAACUACAGACCAUGCUCAGAAGAUGAAAACCCACCAAAGUUUUCAUUUUUCUAAUAAUCGUGCUUCAUGUGGCUGUUUCUCGAUGCAGCAGUAAGCUGCUUUGUGUCACCCCUACUCCCUAUAAUGAGGAAGGAAUCAUUAGGUGGCAGCUGUUUCUGUUUUUUAUGUUUUCCUCUGCAGAAUGGGGCCAUGGGGCUCUUUUUUUUUUUUUUUAGGCUUCUUUGACGGGAGAAAGAAGAGGAAGAAUGUAUUUUAAAAACUUUUUUUUUUUUGGAACAUUGAUCCGCUGUUACCCACCAUUGAGUAGAG